AUGACUUCUCCUGUUCUCGUUUUCGGACCAACUGGAGGGGUGGGCAGCGCUGCUGCCAUUGAAGCACACAAGCGCGGUAGCAAAGUUUAUCUCGCUAUGCGAAACACAAAGAAGGAACUUAAAGGGAUUCAAGAAGAUGGGAAUAGCUACGUCCGGAUUCAAGCUGAUUUAGCCAAGCCUGAGACGAUCAAACAGGCCGUCAAGACCUCUGGCGCAAAGACAGCCUUCGUGUACGUCAUAUAUGAGACUAAGGAUGCCAUGCGGAGUAGCUUCGAAGCGCUGAAGGAGGCCGGUAUAAUGUACAUUGUGCUCUUAUCAUCGUUCAAGGUCCAAGACCCUCUAACCUCGGAGGCCAACAAGAAGGAUAAUAUCGCCGCUUUCCAUGCAGCGGCCGAAGGCGCAUUGAGAGAAACGGGCGUCCCAUACGUGGCUGUGCGACCUGCAUGGUUCAACAGCAACAUAUUUUGGAACGUCGAGGACAUCAAGAAAGGCGGAGUCGAGGUCCUCUAUCCCAACGUAGUGUACGACUACCUCGCUCCCUCAGACAUAGGCACGGUGUGUGGCACACUCCUUACAGAGCCACGUUUACAGAAAGAAGCGGGACAGUCGAUCUACUUGUGUGGUCCGAAGCUUAUGACGCAACAUGAAGGCUAUGCUGUUCUUAGCAAGGUAUUGGGGAAGGAAAUCAAGAUCAAAGAGAUUGGCGAAGAAAGGUUUUCCCAGAAGUAUGGGUAUAUGCCUAAGCCGGUACUCGACACACUGGUGCGGGGCAUGAGAGAGAGCAAUUCGGGACACGACAGUUAUGCGGAGAUUUAUGACAAGGGCGUGGAGAACUUGAGAAAGUACACAGAGCGCGAGCCGACAAAGUUCGAAGACUGGGUCAAAGAGAACCAGGCUGCAUUUACGUAG